CGUGAAAAAAUUUGUGUUCUACCGAAGUUCCAUGGAUGUGACCUGUGUUUGUUGUAGAUGUGGAACUCUGCAAGCGGGUGCUAGGGCUACUUUAUGCCUUCCGGUGACAGGCACUCAAAACUCUUUCCAUUGUCAUUGCUUUUGUUGUGCUCAGCCUCCGCGAAUGAAAUGUUUCUACUGCAACAUGCCGCGUGAUCUUGGACCACUGGAGUCCCAUGGCGCUUGUCUACCCGACAAGCUCCAUGUGUUUGUCAACACGGAGCAAUGGCCACCAUUUUCGGUUAAUACACCACAGCCACCACUUAUUGGCAUGGUUGUCACCCUUGGCAAUGGACAGGAAAUGCAGCAGUUGCCUGAUAACGUUGGUGGCAAUAAUGAAGUCAAUAAGGCUAUCUCAGAAAUGGAAGAAACUAUCCACAUCGAGAACGAAGUUGACGUUCCCACAAUGGGCACUCUUGAAAUAGUGAACACUGAAUUACAAAAAUCGGCUGGGGAUGUGAAACCCCGUGUGUCAACCAAAUCCAAAUGGGUGUCCAUUGGCGACAUACGCAUGUGGAAGAGUUGCAUUCGCUGUGGCAUGGUGAAAAUCAAAUCGGAUGGUUGGCUUAAACAUGCACAAACAUGCGGACAGGAUCCAAAAUUUGCAAGCCGCAAAUUCUUCAUCUAUUUGCACACUCUGUCUUGGUGCAACACUUUGGUGCAUGACAAUUUUUGGGAACAGCACUCCAACUCCGUGAAUGGCAAAUGCAAUGUAUGCCGUUCAAGCCGUUUAAACAAAGAGCCGUUGCCAUAUCAGCCAAAGCCGCCAACACGUAAAAACGAAGUAAGUUACGCGAAACAGCGGCGAUCUCGCAUACUAAAGAAUCGAAUCAAACGAAGACAAUCGAUGGCUGCCGAUGCGUCAUAUUUCCAAAAUUCAGCUAAUAAUAAUGCCCCGAUGCGAAUUGUCGAGUGCACUUCGCUGCGGCUAAAUGAUUAA